AUGAAUGCAAAAACGUCGGAGCUAUUUGGAGAUGGAUUUCUGUACUUCGAUUUGCUGAAUCUCCAACGUUAUUUGACUAUGCUCGUCGGACUCUUCUGCUCCGACGUGAUUUCAGGCGUAGAUCAAUACUAUUCCUUAGUCCAGAUUGCUAUUUGGUUAGCCUGGCUGAUUACAGUGAUUAGGUUCUCCUCCGACGGAGGUUUCUGGAGAUCGGCCGCCAUCACCACCUUUGUUCCUGUCGGAGCACUGGUUGCGAUUCAUCUUAUGGUUAACCAACUUCUUGGAGUGUCGAGCGAGUCAGAAGUCGAUGAAAUGUCUCGGCUUUUCUCUGAUUUUGUUGAUGGAUGUCUCUCUGUUCCUAUCAACUUACCUGGUUUUACGUACCACAAAGCAAUGAAGGCAAGAAAGGAGAUUAUAAGCAAGAUAAACAAGACAGUAAAUAAGUUUGUGUUGGUCUAUAGUCAUAUGUCGUAA